AUGGCGCCGUUCAAGUUUGUGACGGGGGACCUCGUCCGACUGGUGGAAACGCCGCAAGAGAAGCAGCACGAAGUGCUGUCCAACCUCAGAGGACUCGAAGCGGCCCUUGACGUCGACCUAAAACAAAGUCUGGACUCAAGUAACACUGGUGAUCUGCAGCAUCGCGAAGAGGCUUUCGGCAAGAACUAUGUGCCACCGCCGCGGUCGAAGAGCUUCCUGGAGUUGAUGUGGCUCGCCUUCCACGAUAUCACCAUCGUCAUUCUGACCAUCUCGGUGGGCGACCACAAAGAGACCGGUUGGCUCAAAGGAGCGUGCAUCAUUCAUGCCGUCGUCGUAGUCAUCCUCGUGACGACCACCAACGACUACCAAAAGGAGGCCCAAUUUCGCGCCCUAAAUGCGGUGAAAGAAGACGAGAAGAUCAAAGUCAUCCGCAACGGCCAGCCUACGGAGGUCACCAAGUGGAACUUGUUGGUCGGCGACAUUGUCCGGGUAGACCUGGGCGACAUCAUCCCCGCGGACGGCAUCGUCUUCGAUGAGAAGGAGAUCAAGAUGGAUGAGAGCGCCAUGACAGGCGAGUCCGACCUGCUCCCCAAGAACCAUGACCACCCGUUCCUGUUGUCUGGUACAAAGGUGAUGGAGGGUCUAGGCAAGAUGCUAGUCAUUUGUGUGGGCGAGAACUCGCAAGCCGGUAUCAUCAAGAACCUCAUCAAUAACGCUUCUUCUGGUAAGAAGAAGGAGCCUGCUGCUACGAAGACUGGCCACGCCAACAUCGAGGAAGACGUGUACGUGGAGAUUGAGACCAUCUUGAUCGUUGCAUUGAAGGUAAAGCAGAGCUGCAGCUGGAAGACGACGACGGCCCAGGACGGUGACUGCUUCCUGGAGCCGCGGACUUGCAGUGAGUGUCUAGCGGAUACCCCCACCACCGGAGAGGUAGUCUUGCUGAUUGGCCGCACACCGGAUUGGACGAUCGGCCACGAACGCAGCAAGUUUGCUGUAUUCGUGGCACUUUUGGUGUUCGUGAUCAUGUCGAUUCACUUCUCCAUUGACACGUUCGGAAGAGAGGGCAAGCCCUGGAAGAGCGGCUACGUCAACGACUACAUGAACUACUUCAUCAUUGCGAUCACCGUACUUGCAGUGGCCAUCCUCGAGGGCCUCCCUCUCGCUGUGACUAUCUCACUUGCCUACUCGGUGAAGAAGAUGCUUGUGGACAACAACCUGGUGCGCCACCUCGACGCCUGUGAGACCAUGGGGAGCGCCACGACGGUGUGCUCGGACAAGACGGGCACGCUGACGACCAACCGCAUGACGUUCUCGUCCGCUUCGGCUGGCAUCGGCGCGCUGUCGGAGGCGACCAAGGAGGCGUUCUGCAUGGGUAUUGCCGUGAACUCGACGGCCGAGAUCUUGCCGCCCAAGGUGGAGAACGGUCUGCCCGAGCACACCGGUAACAAGACGGAGUGCGCUCUGCUGCAGUUCAUCCGUGACGGUGGCGUCGAGUACCCUGAGAUUCGCGCGAACAACGAGGUGGUGCAUAUGCUGACGUUCAGCAGUGCCAAGAAGCGCAUGUCGGUGGUGGUUCGUCGCAGCGCCACGACUUGCCGUGUGUACACGAAGGGUGCGACGGAGGUGGUGCUGGGUCUGUGCCAGAACAUGCAGCGCGUGGACGGCUCGUUCAAGGGCCUGGACGACGCUCGCAAGGCCAAGAUCGGCGCCGAGGUGAUUGAGAAGUACGCUUCGCAGGCGUACCGAACUUUGGUGUCCGGUCUGAUGCAGAGCAACGUGGUUCCGCACGGUCCUCAGGUGGUUGCUGUGACUGGUGACGGCACGAACGACGCGCCUGCUCUGAAGAAGGCGAACGUGGGUUUUGCUAUGGGUAUCAGCGGCACGGCUGUGGCCAAGGAUGCGUCGGACAUUAUCCUCAUGGACGACAACUUCAACUCGAUCGUGAACGCUAUCAAGUGGGCCGCAACGUUUCUGCUCGCGUUUAUCGGUGCUGUCAUUUUGGAUCAGUCGCCGCUGUCUGCCGUCCAAAUGCUGUGGGUUAACCUCAUCAUGGACUCGUUCGCCUCGCUUGCUCUCGCGACUGAGGAGCCGACGCCUGCUCUACUGGAGCGCAAGCCGUACCCGAAGACUCAACCGUUGAUCUCCAAGAAGAUGGUCAAGCACAUUAUCGGCCAGUCGAUCUUCCAGCUCGCGCUCAUGCUGGCGAUCGUGUUCACAGGUGAAAAGUGGUUCGACAUCCCGUCGGGUCGAGUCGUUGACCUCGACGAAGACGUCAAGAACGACCCGACCGUGCACAUGACCAUCGUGUUCAACACGUUCGUGUGGGCGCAGCUGUUCAACGAGCUCAACUGCCGCAAGAUCUACGACGAGAUCAACAUCUUCACGGGCAUCACCAAGAACCGCGUGUUCCUGUACGUCUGCGUCCUGCAGGUGGUCAUGCAGUACGUGAUGGUGCAGCACACGGGGGACUGGUUCAAGUACAGCCCUCUGACUGCGGGUCAGUGGUUCGCCUGCAUCGGUAUGGGCUUCGUUUCACUGCCGCUUGGCCUUGCGCUGCGCUGCAUCUCCAUUAAGAACGCACCGAACUGGAUGGCGUUCUGCCGUGAGGACUCCACGGAGCCACUGGAUCGUUACCAUCGCCCGAGUGCUGGCACAACUCCGCGUCGUGAAGGCCUUCAAGAAGGCGCUUCAGUCCAAGGCGAUCACUGA